AGCUGGGGAGCGAGGGGAGGGGCCGGAAGCAACUCUACGCUUCCCGGUUGCUAAGAGACGAGGCUUCCACAAGGCGACGGAGGUUCUCCGGAUUCUUUUUCUCCCUUUUUCUGCUUUAGCGUCACCGAAUCCGGCCACCAUGUCGGACCCAGAAGCUGACAGCUUGCGAAGCACCUUUCCCUCUUAUAUGGCGGAGGGCGAGCGGCUGUAUCUGUGCGGAGAGUUCUCUAAAGCCGCCCACAGCUUCAGCAACGCUCUUCACCUUCAGAAUGGAGAUAAGAAUGGCCUGGUUGCCCGAUCCAAGUGCUUCCUGAAGAUGGGAGAGCUGGAGAAGUCCCUGAAGGAUGCUGAGGCUUCACUCCAGGGUGACCCGACUUUCUGUAAGGGAAUUUUACAAAAGGCUGAGACCCUGUACACCAUGGGAGACUUUGAGUUUGCCUUGGUGUUCUAUCAUCGAGGCUACAAGCUGCGGCCUGACCGAGAAUUCAAAGUUGGAAUUCAGAAAGCCCAGGAAGCCAUCAACAACUCAGUAGGAAGUCCUUCUUCAGUUAAGCUAGAGAACAAAGGGGAUCUCUCCUUCUUAAGCAAGCAAGCUGAGAGUAUGAAAGCCCAGCAGAAGCCUCAUCCCGUGAGACAACUUGUACAUCACCCCGAGAGGGAGUCUAAGCGGAAGGGCUCACUCAAGAGUGAGAAGAUUGUCCGCCAGCUCCUGGGCGAGCUCUACGUGGACAAGGAGUAUCUGGAGAAGCUCCUACUGGAUGAAGAUAAGGAAAGAAAGACCCUGAAUGGGGAGCAACUUGUCCAAGAUGACAAGCAAGUUCAUGACCUGAUCAAGGGCACCAUCAAGCAUGGCCUGACCGUGGAGGACCUCAUCAUGACAGGCAUCAACUACCUGGACACCCGCAGUAACUUCUGGAGGCAGCAGAAGCCCAUCUACGCCAGGGAGCGGGACCGGAAGCUGAUGCAAGAGAAGUGGCUGCGGGACCGCAAACGCCGUCCCUCACAGACAGCCCAUUACAUCCUCAAGAGCCUCGAGGACAUAGACAUGUUGCUGACCAGCGGCAGUGCUGAUGGGAGCCUUCAGAAAGCGGAGAAAGUGCUGAAGAAAGUGCUCGAAUGGAACAAAGAGGAGGUGCCCAACAAGGACGAGCUGGUUGGAAACUUGUACAGCUGCAUAGGGAAUGCCCAAAUCGAGCUGGGGCAGAUGGUCGCAGCCCUGCAGAGCCACAGAAAGGAUUUGGAGAUCGCCAAGCAAUAUGACCUUCCUGAUGCUAAGUCGAGAGCCCUUGACAACAUUGGCAGGGUUUUUGCCAGAGUUGGGAAAUUCCAGCAAGCCAUUGACACGUGGGAAGAGAAGAUCCCUCUGGCAAAAACCACCCUGGAGAAGACCUGGCUGUUCCACGAGAUUGGCCGCUGCUACUUGGAGCUGGACCAGCCCUGGCAGGCCCAGCAUUAUGGUGAGAAGUCCCAGCAGUGUGCCGAGGAAGAAGGAGACAUUGAGUGGCAGCUGAAUGCCAGCGUUCUGGUGGCACAGGCACAAGUCAAGCUGAGAGACUUCGAGUCGGCCGUGAGCAACUUUGAGAAAGCCCUGGAGAGAGCGAAGCUGGUCCACAACAACGAGGCGCAGCAGGCCAUCAUCAGCGCCUUGGACGAUGCCAACAAGGGCAUCAUCGAAGAGCUGAAGAAAACGGACUACAGGGAGACACUGAGAGAAAGGAGAGAGAGAGAAGAGGCAGCUGAAUUGGAAUCUUUGAGAGAGGCGGCUUUGGGGAACGAGAAGGAAAGCAUGAGAAGAGGGAGAGAUGAGUUUGAGAAGGUGAUGAAGCACUGGGAGCGAGAGCCAGCGGACAGUGAGAAAGAGAUAGAAGAUGAGUUGUCUCAGGAAAUUCUGAGGGUCGCAGCGAGUGGGCAAGAAGAAAACAGGCAGAGAGAAGUAGAGGAAGCCAGCUCCUUCAAGAGAAUAGGGCUGGGAGCCGCAGGGCGAGACUCUGAAGAUGUUGCCGAGAGCACGUCCAGAGACCUGGGUGCAGGAAGCGAGGGAGAGGAGGACGGGAAACCGAUAGAAGUGGGCAGAAUGGAAUCAAGAGAAAUUUACAGGAGGCCUCCAGAGCUGGACCAGAAACCCUCAGGAGAAUUAAACAGAAGGGAAUCAGAAGGACUGGAGAGUCAAGUUUCAGAAGACAGCAGAAGAGAGUCAGAAGAAAUAGGGCAAACAGAACUAGGAGAAACAGCAGAAGUGACAAAGGCAGAAAAUGGUGAAGACAUGGAAGAACAUGAAAAAGAUGAAUGAAGCAGCAGGCAUCAGGACCAGGGACCUUAGGCACUUAUUCAACUGGACUUGGAUUUUCAAGCUGAGAUUUGUCUCAUAGGAGAACAUGUGGACUGGGCUCCACAGGUCGCCUCUGCCUCUUUCUGCUACUAUUUCCCCUUUCAAUAGAUAAUAGAUAUCUUUCACUCUUAAAAACCCUGAGUCUGUCUUUUUGCCUCCCUGCUCACCCACAAGAGCCUUAGAGAAUGAGGACCCCCGCUCGGGGUACCACUUUCCAAGCAAAAGCAUUUCAGGAUGGUGAAGAAACAGGUGAGCUCCAAGGGACCAAGCUAGCUUAAAGAGGGGGAAGAAAAAGAGUCCUGGGAGGAGAGGUACAUUUGUGCCGACACUGGCCAUGGGUUCAUCUUGCUGACUGACUGCUCUGAUCAGGGCACUGUGGGAGGCUUGAUGGAAGAAGUGAUGAUGGGACACGCUGAAGCCUGGCAGGCACAAAGAAGUGAAUGCUGGCAUUGAAAUGGGCAUUAUGCUGGAGGAGCCCAGAGGAAGAGAGCUGCUGCCUCAGAACAGGGAGCAGUCCCUAGGAAGAGUGGCAGCUGGACUCCACCUGCGCCACCUCCAGAUGGUACAGUGAAGUAAAUCAGACUCCACAAGCUGGUUUCCUCCUCCGUAGAACGGUAUCUGCCCCCAGGGUUGGCAGGAGACUUCUCUGAGUGCUCAGCACAGCACUUGGUACACGGGAAGCUCUCCAAAAUCCGACCCAGCUUUUUCGGUGGCUUCGCAGAGGAGGUGGCGCUGAACAGCUGCCUCAGAAGAUGAGCCAGGAUUUCACUACAUUACUCAUCUGUCCCGGCUGUUGCCAUCCUGGUUCCAUCUCUCCAGUCCUUGGAAGGUUUAGGGCUGAAGUUAGGCUAGCUAGGACCAGGCCCCCACUAAUGUGAGGCGAGUGAGGCAUUUCAGAUGCAGUGGCUCACGGGGCUCCAGGAAACUCACUAAGCAACAGGUAGAAUUCUAAUGUAAUGUAAAAACACAUCCACAACGCUAAACCCCACGAUGAAUAAAAUACCACAAUUUUAAACAA